AUGUCGUCCCAAAGCACCUCAGUGCCGCCCCGCGUCCCACCACACAUACGGUUAAAUUCAGGGCAAGGAGACCUCACAAAGGGCGCUGCUAGCAGUUCGUCGAGGACCCUUGUACCGGCUUCCUCGUUACACCUCAACACCGUUUACGGCGCGGAAAACGCUCAAGACUCUGCUGAAAGAUUAUUAUCGCCUUCGCAAGGAGGGCGAUCCAGAUUUCGAGAUGAUACAUCUCCUUCUCCCUUGAGAUCACCAGCACGCUCUAGCUAUUCUUCACGGCGAUCGAGUUGGGAGUCAGACCGCAGUAGGGAUAGCAGAGGCUACGAAAAUCCCUUCAGAGACUCCAGCCUGUCAAGACCCGGGUCAAGAGCUGGAAGUGACGACAACGAUGUGAAUACGCAAACAGUAUCCGAAAAGUACAACAUUCUACCGUCAGCAGGGCUGCUAUUGUUCCCUGAGGAUAUCGAAAAGGACGAUUACCUUCAUAACCCGGAUCCCAAUGGCGAACCGCGAGAUUGCGACAUUUUCACGAAGAGAGGACUCGUCAACGUUGGUGGUUUAGCAUUCAUGACCAUCGGCAUUCUGGUCCUAUUUAUAGGUUAUCCUGCCUUCACGUUUGUCCAAAGGAUAACAGGUACUACUGAUCCUUGCGCGGCCAACAUUGGCUGCAUCGGCAACGGCAAAGAACCUUUGUUGGUCAACAUGCGUACUGGUCUGAUUGACAGCGACACUCCGAAAUCAGCAUAUACCAAGACGGACUAUCAUGGCAACACCUGGAAUUUGGUCUUUUCCGAUGAGUUCUCGACGUCUGGGCGGACCUUCUACGAUGGAGAUGAUCCAUACUUCACUGCGGUAGACUUGUGGUAUGGUGUGACAAAGGAUUUGGAAUGGUACGACCCGGACGCUGCGACAACAAACAACGGUGUGCUGGAAUUGAGGUUUGAUGCUUUCCAGAACCACGAACUCAAUUAUCGAUCUGGCAUGUUACAGUCGUGGAACCAAUUGUGCUUCAAGGGCGGCCGACUGGAAGCCAGUAUUUCUCUGCCAGGCCGUGGCGAUACUGUGGGUUUCUGGCCCGGCUUUUGGUCCAUGGGCAAUUUGGGUAGACCCGGGUAUGCAGCGACGACCGACGGUCUGUGGCCUUAUUCCUACGCCGAUGUGUGCGACGCCGGUAUAACGGCGAAUCAAAGUUCACCCGAUGGUAUCAGCUAUCUACCCGGAAUGCGACUACCGGCAUGUACAUGUUCUGGCGAAGAUCAUCCAUCAUCCGGGAAUUCGCGGUCCGCCCCAGAAAUCGAUGUGCUUGAAGCCAGUGUCGGCACACUCGACUCCCUAGGAAACCAAAUCGGCAUGGUGUCCCAAUCAUUCCAGGUCGCUCCCUUUGAUAUUUGGUAUCAACCAAACUAUGACUUUGUGCAGGUGUUCGAUUUCUCAGUCACAGCCAUGAACACAUACAAAGGUGGACCCUUUCAGCAAGCAGUGUCUGGAUUAUCAAACCUGAACAAUAAGUGGUAUGACGGUAAUGAAUAUCAAGUCUAUGCUUACGAGUACGCUCCUGGUGCCGAUGGAGAUAUUACUUGGUAUGUGGGUGAAAACCCGGUAUGGCGAAUGGAAGGCCAGUCCUUGGGUCCGAAUGGCAAUGUCAACCAGCGCGUCGUGCCGGAAGAGCCUCUGUCGGUGGUUGUCAACUUUGGCAUGUCCGCUGGAUUCUCUGCCCUCAAUCUGACUGGAUUGGCGUCGUUGAUGCCUGCCACCAUGAGAGUCGACUAUAUCCGAAUCUACCAAGAUGAUAGUGGUGAGAUGACGUGCGAUCCCCACGGCUACCCGACUACCGAAUACAUCAGCAACCACUACGACGUGUACCAUAAUCCGAACAUCACCAGCUGGUCAGAUACUAGUUACGACUGGCCGAAGAACAGCCUUGUCGAUGGUUGUUAA